AUGCGCCUGACACGCGCCGCACAGCGCGCCCAGGAGGGCACCGAAGCGAUUACUGGCCAUGACGACAACCACCACGACCAGGUCGACGUAGCUGACAAUACAGAGCGCGCUGCCCUCAAUGAAAUUUCGGCGAAUCCAGCACCAGAGCAAGUGGAGUGCGAGGAGGAGCUGCCGAAAAAGACGCCUGCCAAGACACCUGCGAAAAAGGGAAAAAAAGGUGGCGCAAAGAAAGGCGCAAAAGGAAAAAAGGCUAAAGACUUAGGAGAGCAGCAAGAGGAGGAGCCAGUCCAGGAUGCGCUCGAAGACGAGCCCGCAGCGGCAGCCGCUCCUGUGGUGGAUGAAGCUGUCGACAACGUGAUCGCGGAACCGCAGAAUGGCGAAGUCGAAGUCACUAAGAACGAUGAACGGCCCACAACGCCGAUCUCGAAACCCGUACGAUUGACGCGCCGCCAGUUGGCCGCCAUGAAAGAAGAAGAAGAAGAGAAACUCAAAAAGUCACAACGCGCUCCAUCCCCGACCCAAGACCCGGUGACGAUAGAAGGGACAGUCAAAUCUGUAGAAGAAGCAACCACCGGAGCGCAUGAGAGCGAUGAUGCGGAUGCUCAAAAAGAAGCCGCGGCGGAGUCAGAGGCGCCAGAAAUAGCGAGAGAACCCAAAGUGACAGCUGAAACUGUUCAAGGAGAGAUGGCACAAAUUCCAGAAGUCAUCCCCGAGGCGGUACAAGACAAAGUAGCUGAAGAGCCCGAAGCUCCGCACCAUGCCGAGCCCGAAAAAGCGGACCAGCUUGAGCGAAAUACGAUAAAGCAAGAGUCAAUAGAAAUUGCACCCUCCAUCGAGAGCGAUGCACAAGAGUCAACUGCAAUCACGCCCUCAGUCCAAGUCACAUCAGACGCCGCGACGCCUACGAAGCUCAGCACUAAAGCACAACAAGUAUCUGCAGAACAAACAACAUUGGCUGCAGAACAGCCUGGUGAACAAGCAAUGUCCCCUGAGAGCUACACACCCAGCAGACGACGUGCAUCGCGCAGCCCCUCGAAGUCACCAAUGCGUAUUGAAGAGUCAUUCGAGGCCAUCGAUGCGCUCGAGGAGGCUCUCGACAGUCUCGACGCCGUCACCAGCUUCGACCGGCCCAUUGAGGAAGCAUCUCCUCGCAAAAAGGCCCUGGUCGCACUCACCGAGAACUCUCAAGUCCGUGCCAAAACGCCCAGCAAGGCACCAAGCAAAACUACCGCCGCGCCGACGAGGAUAUCAAGAGUUCCCAGCGCUGUUCCGACUGGCAUGAAAGCGACAAAAACCUCUCUGGCACGAGCCUCAAAUGUUCGUGCUGCAUCGACCAAGGAGGGUAAGAGUGGCUCAACGGGGACGGUUGACUACCUGGCUUCGAAGCGGAGACCAAUCAGUGUGUCAUUCCCAACACCUCCGCCGCCGCCCAAGGGCCGCGCUCCUACCAAAGCAAUCUUCGAGCUCUCAAGUAAUGGUAUUGUGGCGAAACUGAAAGCACAAAAAGAAGAGCGUAUAAAGCGAGAGACAGACGGUUUGGCACCAAAGCAACGGCCGAUCAGCAUGCCUCCUCCACCAAAAUCCUCCAAGCCACUUACCAAGCCUGCAUUCCAGCUACCAGGUGAAAAGACCGCUGAGAAACUCAAAGCACAGAAAGAGGAGCGUCUCAAAAAGCAAGCUGAAGCUCCUCGGCAAUCAAUGGCUCGUCCUGUCAGCAUCUGCAUGGCGCCUGCAACGGCCAAGUCAACCAAGCCAGCUACAAAACCCACAAACUUCCAACUGCCAGGUGCAGCCGUUGCGGAGAAGCUCAAGGCCCAGAAAGAGGAGCGACUCAAGCGACAAGAAGAAGCGGAAGCUGCCAAGAAAGAAGCUGCCAUAAAACCACGCACAGCUCCUAUAGUACGAAAGCCUGUCACACUCCCCGUACGAAACAACCCAGGCGUUACCAUCCCACCUCCAACAUCACAGUCACAGUUACAGUCACAAUCACAAAUACGACCCCCAUCUCAACGCUCCAUAUCCACGUCCGCCACCUCAAACGCCACCAAACGCAACAGCGUCGCCCUAUCCCAAUCCCGCUCCACAUCUACUUCAUCCAUAUCCGCCAAUCGCGCCAGUAUUAUCCCCACUAAAUCUACAGCUACACCUUCUGACGCGGCCAUCCAACGCGGAAGGGGAAAAGAAGUCUUCAACAGGAACAAAGCGGAAAAGGAAGACCGUGAGCGCGAAAGGACGGAUAAAGAGAAUGCGGCGAAGAAGGCGAGGGCCGAGGCGGCGGAGAGGGGGCGUAUAGCUAGUAGAGAGUGGGCGGAGAAGCAGAGGAAGAAGAUGAUGGCGGCUGCGUCGUGA